AUGGAUACUAUUACGGAUAAUGUUUUGGAUAUUACUGGAGAUAAAAAAGAGUAUACUACUGCCGAUAACACAUUUCCUACUACUGCUAAUAAUCCUGCGGAUAAUAUUCCUAGUAAUAUCGUGGAUGCUUAUGGUAAUGUUACUGUGGAUACUACUCCUGAUUACACUGUUGCUAAUACUACUGAUUAUACAAUGGACACUAGUACUGGUAAUAAUGUUUGUCAUAUUACUGAUUAUACUAUGGAUACUACUGCUGGUAAUACUGUUGGGAAUACUAGUGAUUAUAAUAUGGAUACUACUGCUGGUAAUACUAUUGGUAAUCCUACAGAUUAUACUGUGGAUACCGAUGCUGGUAAUACUAUUGGUAAUACUGCUGAUUAUACUAUGGAUAUUAUUUCUGAUAACACUUUUGAUAAUACCACUAACUGUACUAUGGAUAUUACUGGUGAUAACACUGUUGACACUACUACUAAUAAUACUAUGGAUACUACUGCUGGUAAUAUUGUUUGUAAUACUAUUGAUUAUACUGAGGAUACUACUGAUUUUAAUACUGUUGGUAAUACUACUGAUUAUACUAUGGAUACUAUUUUUGGUAACACUGUUGAUAAUACCCCUGAUUAUACUAUGGAUACUAUUGCUGUUAAAACUGUUGACACUACUAAUAAUAAUACUAUGGAUAUUACUGGUGAUAACACUGUUGACACUACUACUGAUUCUGAUGUUGAUAGUACUGAUGAUAAUUAUAUGGAUAUUACUAUUGAUAACAUUAUCAAUGCUACUGCUGUUAAUAUUGUUAAUAUUACUAUUGAUAAUUCUGGGGAUCCUACUGCUGAUAACAAUCUUGAUGCUGAUAAUACCGUGGAUAUUACUGCUGAAAAGACUGUGGAGACUACUUUCGAUAAUAUCAUUGAUAAUUUUGAUUAUUAUACUAUGGAUAUUAGUGCUGAUAAUGCACUUGAUACAACUCCUUAUGGUCGUACUGAAACUAUUGCUUGUAAAACUAUCAGUUCUACUGCAUAUUGUACUACGGUUAUUACUCCUGAUAAAGCACUGCAUGCUACUAAUAAUUUGUUUAUUUAA